AACCCGCUGCCUGAACUGAGUGGCACGGCCCUACCGAGAUCCGUCUCAAUCAGCUUGAUGUCACUCCCAGUGUUUCUAAGAGUACAGGGAGAAAGUCACAGAUGAAGACCGGAUGAAUACAGUUGUGCUGUCAAAACGCCUUUAGAAUGACAGAACAAAACAUGAUGCUGGAAAAUGAGCUGAUCCAGGAUGACUGCCAUCUAAAAUGCAAGCAAUACCUCAUCAGUUUGUUUGAUGAAUCGACUGCAGAGUAUUUCCUCAGCCCUUCUUCUUGCUCAAAGGAAAUACCCCCUUGGUUUUCCCAGCUAAAAGAUGACAUGAAAGAUCACAUGAGUGCCGUUGCCCUGUGGGAUGCUCUGAGACAACGUACUGCACAGAUACUGCAAGAAUCAAACACUGAACCCUCAAUGGUGAUCACUAAUCAGAUUGCAAGAAGGGUGACAGACUGGAAGACACAGGUGAAAAAGGACCAUCUGAUGCACCUAGCAGGGGUGAAAUACAUGUUCCGCUGUGCUCAGCAAAACCAGGCCAUCUCUGCCCUCCUUCUACAACACAAUCCUCUUUUUGACUAUGGGAUAAAUAAUGGACUGAAGUGAUUUUUGACCAUAAUGCUGAAUCAACCAAAUAAGCACAUAUUGGACUAUGGAAAGCAGGGAUAUGCCUCAAUUUUGGACAUAGACAAACUUUACUAACUAAUUUACAGCCUUUUCCAGCACUUACUGUUCUAUUGUCCCAUUAGAGACUUGCACAGGCUUGAUACAGUAAAUGAGUCAGUUAAUGUGCUCCACUGCAGUUAGACUUUGUACUUGCCCAUCAUUACCAUAGGGGGGCAGCAGAUUGUAAAUUUGUCUUUUAGUCUCAGUGCUGGAACAAUUCUUAUUCCCUAUCACAAUGGUUUUCAACUGGUUUUGCUUCAGGACCCAGAAUUUACUUAGCCAACACAAUCUAAAAACAAUAUUAUAACCUGUAUAUGUUGUUGUCUAGGACAUAUUUUCUUCAACCUUGUGCAGUUAGAGUUGAUAAGCAUAUAUAUUUUGAUAUCUAACCUAAUUAAGCACAGUUAUAUUUUGUUGCAUAUAGCAUCUCUUAUGGGACGGGACAACAAAAGAAAAGUAAGUUUUUCCUUUGUGAAUCUAUCACUUUGGGACACAACCCACCAGCUGAAACCCACACUUAUGCCUCAGAUUCUGAAACCCUAAAAUUAUAGAGAAAACAUUGUUGAAUAUAUUAAAAAUCUUAUAAAACCCCUGA